UUCACAAUGAAAAGCUAUAAAAAUUGGGCUCACAUUAAAUGUUUCAGUUUCCAUAAACAAAAAAGAAACAGAAAAUACCAUAAAACUUGAAUUUUUGCAGCUCAAGUUCAGUAAAUAAAAAAAUAGGAUGAGUAAACCAGCAGCAGCAGCGAAUCCAGAUGACUAUAAAAUCAAGGACACGAAGCCACAGCUCGGUGAGAGGUGGCCACAUGGCGGCAUACGAGGUGGCGGAGGCUGGAUAAGCAGUGACAGGGUAACAAGCACUUAUGAUCUUGUGGAACAAAUGUACUAUCUUUACGUUCGGGUUGUGAAGGCGCGAGAUCUUCCCAUUAACCCGAUAACAGCAAGCUGUGACCCGUAUGUUGAAGUAAAACUCGGGAAUUAUAAGGGAAAAACACAGCAUUUCGAGAAAAGAACUUACGCGGAAUGGAAACAAGUAUUCGCGUUUUCAAAGGACAAGAUUCAAUCUACGGUUCUUGAAGUUUAUGUUAAAGAUAAGGAUAUGAUCUCGAGAGAUGAUUAUUUAGGGAAGGUGGUGUUUGACAUGAAUGAAGUCCCGACCCGGGUCCCGCCUGACAGCCCGUUAGCGCCUCAAUGGUACAGAUUAGAGGACCGAAAGGGGGACAAAAAGUCCAGAGGCGAGAUAAUGCUUGCGGUUUGGAUGGGAACACAGGCCGACGAGGCGUUUUCUGAAGCGUGGCAUUCAGAUGCUGCUACGGUUCAUGGAGAGGGUGUUUAUAGUGUGAGAUCAAAGGUGUAUGUUUCACCUAAACUUUGGUACCUUCGGGUUAACGUGAUCGAAGCACACGACGUAGAAAGUGAAGAUAAAUCCCAACCUCCUCAAGUUUUCGUAAAAGCUCAACUCGGUAAUCAAAUUCUCAAAACCAAAUUAUCCGCAACGAAAACAACUAACCCGUUAUGGAAUGAAGAUUUGGUGUUUGUAGCAGCCGAGCCUUUCGAAGAGUCACUAGUGCUUACACUUGAGAACAAAGCCGGUUCAAAAGAGGAGACUGUGGGUCGAAUCGUUCUGCCACUUAACGCGUUUGAGAAACGCUUAGACCAUCGGCCCGUUCAUUCGCGUUGGUUUAAUCUCGAACAGUUCGGGUUUGGUAUGCUAGAAGGAGAAAGAAGAAUGCAGCUUAAAUUUUCAACCCGGAUUCAUCUCCGGGCUUCACUUGAUGGCGGUUACCAUGUACUAGAUGAAUCCACUAUGUACAUUAGCGACCAACGCCCCACAGCGCGUCAACUAUGGAAAAAAGCGAUUGGGAUUCUCGAAAUCGGAAUCUUAAGCGCGCAGGGACUCCAAGGAAUGAAAACGAAAGACGGGAAGAAAACCACCGAUGCAUAUUGUGUGGCUAAAUACGGUCUAAAAUGGGUUAGAACCCGAACUAUACUCGAUAACUUUAAUCCUAAAUGGAAUGAGCAGUACACAUGGGAAGUAUACGACCCGUGUACGGUUGUCACUUUAGGAGUGUUCGAUAACGCCCAUUUAGGUGGUGAACAAGGGGCGACAGCAAAGGACGCGAGGAUUGGUAAGAUAAGAAUUCGGUUAUCCACAUUAGAAACGGAUCGAAUCUACACGCAUUCGUACCCGCUUCUAGUUCUACAACCAUCCGGAUUAAAGAAAACCGGCGAGCUACAACUAGCUUUUCGCUUCACUUGCUUAUCUCUAUCAAACAUGAUCUACCUCUACAGCCAGCCCUUACUACCCAAAAUGCAUUACCAACACCCUCUAACCAUACACCAACUCGACAGCCUUCGAUACCAAGCCAUGAACAUCGUUGCAGUGCGGCUGGGCCGCGCAGAACCGCCACUUAGAAAAGAAGUCGUCGAAUACAUGCUAGACGUCGAUUCUCACAUGUGGAGCAUGAGAAGAAGCAAAGCAAACUUCUUCCGAAUCGUUUCUGUCUUCUCGGGUGUAUUAUCAAUGAGCAAAUGGCUUGGAGAUGUUAGCAACUGGAAAAACCCGAUCACUACGAUCUUAGUUCACAUACUCUUCUUCAUACUAGUUUGUUUUCCAGAACUUAUCCUCCCAACAAUCUUUCUCUACAUGUUUUUAAUCGGUAUCUGGAACUUCAGAUCGCGCCCACGACACCCUCCACACAUGGAUACUAAACUCUCCUGGGCCGAAGCAGUACAACCAGACGAACUAGACGAAGAAUUCGACACUUUCCCAUCGUCUAAAACCCAGGAUGUAACGAAAAUGAGAUAUGAUCGCCUUCGCAGCGUUGCAGGGCGGAUACAAACAGUCGUUGGGGACAUUGCAACACAAGGGGAAAGGUUUCAGGCUCUUUUGAGCUGGAGGGAUCCUAGAGCAACAUGUUUGUUUGUGGUGUUCUGUUUGAUUGUGGCGGUUGCUUUGUAUGUGACACCGUUUAGGAUUGUUGUUUUGGUCGCGGGUUUGUUUGUGUUAAGGCAUCCGAGGUUUCGGAGCAAGAUGCCUUCAGUUCCAAGUAAUUUCUUCAGGAGAUUACCAGCUAGAGCUGAUAGCAUGCUUUGAGAAACAAGAGUGUUUGAUUGUUUUUAUUUGUUUUUUUUUUUAUCAUUUGUGUUUUAGUUUCUGUUUUACUUGAAUGUUUUGAGUUUAUAUACUUUACAAUAAAACAGUUUCUUGUUAUAAUGA